GGUUGGGGACGUUUGGGUCCUUGCCGCGGGAAAAAGCGCCAACUUCUGCGGCAUCUCUGAAAUUUGAUCAAAAAUACACUUAAUUUGGCGACGAUGUGGGAUAAGAUCUACUGAGAUGACAAAUUGUGUCGGGGGCGCUGUUGCUGCGGUGUGAACGGGCCCAGGCUUCACAGAGGUCAGAAAAGAUGCCAGUAGUUCAGGGGGAUACGGUUGUUGCGACGCUGGGGAGCCCCAUUAAGAAAAAUAGACUGUCCCUGAGGUUUUUCCAUAAGAAGGAGACUAAGCGGGCUUUGGACUUCUCUGAACCCGCCCCUGAUGAACCCAAGACGGGAGAACCAGUGGAGCAGGAGCCGAGCAGCUGUGACCAGGUAGUGCCCUGCCCGCCCUCUCCCAGCCUGCUCCUGUCUCAGGAGAAGAAGGAAAACCUGCUGCCGUUCAUUGGCUUCAACAAUCUGGGAAACACCUGCUAUUUGAACAGCGUGCUGCAGGUGCUGUAUCACUGUCCAGGGCUCAGAGAGGGCAUCAAGAAACUGCACAGCCUCUGCAAGAACAAGGAGAAAGCAAAGGAUGAGAGUGAGAAAGCUGAAGAGACAGAAGAGGAGUCUGCUCCGCCCCACAUAGACCUGCUCUGCAGCUUCAUGAGCCUCAUCACUUCAGUGGAAGAGCUGCAGUCCAGUUUUCUGCUCAAUCCUGACGGCUUCACCGAGGGAGACUUAGCCACGCCCCCUCGGAAGAUACUCAACACCCUCAGGCAGCUCAACCCCAUGUACGAAGGCUACCUCCAACAUGACGCGCAGGAGGUGCUGCAGUGCAUCUUGGGAUACCUGCACGAGGCCUGUGACACCAUAAAGAAAGAGCAGGAGCUGGAGAAGGGGAAACACGCUGUGUCUGAGUUAAACCUGGAAAAUCCCAAAACCUCCACAGAAGAGGAGGGCCAAGUCAAUGGAAAACGAAAGAGUGAUACGGAAGCUGGGAAUGCCAAGAAGAAGCCAAAAUCUGUCCCGUCUAAAGCUCCGGAAGGGGAGAAGGAGAGCGGAUCAACCGUACAAACUCACCCCAAGAGGAAAUGUUCUACUGAUUCUUUAAUAGAGUCUGCUCAGGGCAAGGACGGAGUGCAGGAGACCACAAACGCAGAAGAGGAAAACGAGGGUGGAAAAACGGCCAAAGAGACAGAUGGGAAGAGGAAGAAGAGAGCUAAACUCGGCUGGCUCAGACCCUCCAAGAAACAGCCGAGUAUCUUCUCAAAGUUCCGUAGUGUUGGACGGGUCAGUUCUACCACAGGAAAGGAUCGAGGUAAAGAGGAGAUGGAGAAGCCUGAAGAGAACGUGGAGGACAGUAAAGAGAUCACACUGGACACAAAGGCUGAAGAGGAGGCUCCAAAGACAGAUGCUGUGUUGGACCUGAUGGCCCAGUUGUUCCAGGGGCAGUUGGUUUUGAGGACUCGAUGUUUGGAGUGUGAGAGCUUCACCGAGCGCAGAGAGGGAUUCCAAGACAUCAGCGUCCCAGUGCUGGAGGAGAACCCCCCCAGCCCCGAGGAGCUGUCGGAAAUCUCUCCAGACCCCAAACCGGAGCUGAAGACUCUGAACUGGGCGAUCGGUCAGUUUGCGUCAGUGGAGCACAUCUUUGGAGAGGAUAAGUAUUUCUGUGAGACGUGUCAUCAUUACACUGAGGCCGAGCGCAGUCUGCUGUUUGACAAAACCCCCGAGAUCAUCACCAUCCACCUCAAACGCUUCUCUGCAAACGCUCUGGAUCUGGACUUGUACGCCGGCCUCUCCAAAGUCAACACGCCUCUGCAGACGCCCUUAACCCUGUGUCUGGACGAGUGGUGCACGCGGCGCUCGGCUAAAGGCCACACCUACGAGCUGUUUGCCGUGGUCAUGCACAGUGGCGUCACCAUCAGCAGCGGCCACUACACCGCCUUCGUCCGCAUGCGCCACCUGCAGGACGCCAAACUCUGGACCUCACGAGACCAGAGGACGAAGGAGGUGGAGAGUGAGGAACAGACUGAGAAAAGGGUUAAAGAAGAAGCCCCGGAUUACGACGAUGGAGACGUGGCAUUCUCCAGAGCGCAGACAGGGGGCGCCAUGGCCAAAACGAGGAGUAAAAAGGCGUCUGAAGGCGUUGGGCUCUUGGGAGGGCAGAGGAGUUUGUCUGCAUGUGAACUUAAACAAGAUAAUAACAGUAAAGCCACAACGGACGGGACCAAAAGGAGGAAGACGCUGGGGAGCGUGGCACAGAGUAUCGAAACGGGACUGAAGAAACCGCCGGACUCACAGGAAGCGACGGAAAUGCAAACGGCCAAUGAGAAAGCCUCGGAAAGCCACGCCCUAGGCAGACUCAUGGAGUACGAGGGAAAAUGGAUGCUCUUCGAUGACUCGGAGGUGAGAAUGUUCGAUGAAGAGGAGUUUUUAAGAGCCUGCUCGCCUGAAACGGCGUCCUCGUCCACGCCAUACCUGCUGUUCUACAGAAGGACGCCCAAACAGUGAGGGAUGUGGUCGAUGUAGUAACUGUUGCCUGGGUGAUCUGGUGACUUUUUUAACACGAUAGUGCCAAUAUUGUGGAUCUGACAUUUGAAGCCAUAAGCUGCAGCAGAGGUUAGCUAACACUUUAUUUAAGCUAAUUAAAGAUGAACAAAGGUUUAAUUCAUAAUGAACAAAUUGUUAACAGUGAUUCAGGCUUAGUUACUCCUGCGUAAUCGUCUGUCACAGCGGCAUCCGGCUAGCUCCAACCAGACGGACAGUCGCUAAUGCUAAUUUCGGAGUCUAAUAAAUAUUUAAAUAACGCCACUAUCAGAACGAUCCAAGUAUUUUUAAGUAGAUUAUUUAAGUCAAUUAUUUUUGUUAUGUUACAUUUAACGUUUUAAUAGAACUUAGCAUUAGCAUUGACAUAUAAAGAUGUACCUUUUGAACACAGAAGUUUUCCUCACAUUUGUAAAGGUUCGUUUUUGUGUGUCGGGGCUAAUGCUAAAGCUAAUUUCAGAGUCUAAAAAAUAUUUAAAUGGCGCCUUUUUAACUUUAAUAAUCUACACCUAAAAAUAAUUGGGUCGUCCUGACAACAAAUUUAUUUUGUUACAUUUAGUGGUUAAAUAGAAGUUAGCACUAGCAUCGACGAGCACUCAGUGCUAAUCAGACUUUGGAGCUCGCUGCUGCCGCUGUUCAGGGUUUAUGAACUGAUGCAUUAAGUCGUUGGUUCAUGAGGAAAAAGUGUCUGAAGUCUUUGUUCAUGAUGUAAAGCUCUAAAAAGUUCUUCUGAAGUGUUUUCAGAUCAUCUGUUAAUCUCUCGUCUCUCGUUUCCAGGGACUCGUGUCAAAGCUGAAGUGAUUUAUUUUUGUGAUUUUGUUUAAACCAGGGCCUUUUCUGUCGUCUGCUGUUGUUCAGCUUUAUGUUCAGUGGCUUUUACUGUGUCACUGUUUAUAUCGUUAUGUCUCCUCAGUUCCAUAUUAAUGUUUUGGUUGUUUUUUUUUACAAGUUUGAAAAGCACUUUGAAUAUUCAUUCCAUCUGGUAGAAUUUUUCUUUUUAUUCUUUGUGUGCGUGCGUGGGUGUGUGUAGGUGUAGUCAUGCACAGGCUUUCAAGUGUUUUUCUUGUAUCUCUUUAGCAAAUUACUUUUUCUCUACAGGGAAUAAACCAAAUUCUACUUUUCUAUUUGAAUUAGUUUGUUUUCCAGUUUGUUGUAAAUUUGAAUAUUUGCAACUGUUCAAAUUUAACAACACGAGGACUUUUAGAAUUCAUUAUAAAAACAUUAAGAGCCGACAUGACGCCAUUUUCUGAUCUCUGUUCUGUUGUUUCCUCAUUUAAAACAGACCUGGAGUUGUGUUUUGUUUCAUUCACACGUUUAACACACAAACCCUGCAUAUUUAGGCUGAGUUCUUCUCUCAAACAGAAAACACUUUGUUCAACCUUGUGAUGUCAUCAUGUGGUCAUACAAUAAGUGCAAAUGAAACAAAACACAACUCCAGGUCUGUUUUUGUGGAAGUAACAUCAGAACAUGGAUUAACGCUCACAAGAGUCCAUUUUAUGUAAUAUAGGACCUUUAGUUCAUUUUAACAUUUAGUUGACACGUGCUAAUGUAAAUAAAAGGUGCCUUAAAGCUGUUCAAUACUUUCAUUCAAACUACUGUAUAUCUUCAGAAUGUUGUGCUAAUUUCUGUUUAAUUUUUUUUUCCAAUCCUCUCAAGUGUUGUAGCCAUGUUUGUAUUGCUAGUCAUGUUAGCAUCGUGCUAGCCCAUAUAAUGCACCACCUCUCAGGACAGUACAGUUUCAGUUCUGGUUUUUGUCAUAUUUAUAACUCAGAUCUGUUCAGAAAGCUUAAAUAUCCUUUUAUAAUACCAGCUCUGUAAUGUCAACUUCAUCCAAACCUGAUGCCACAGCAAUAAAACUAUUUACCUC